AUGGCAAAGGAUUUUUAUCGCCAGGUAGACCCCGUCGUGGAGAAGAUUGUUCCACCCGAGAAUGCCAUAGUGAUCUCCUCAGAAGCUAAAGAGGCCACUGUUAACGAAAACGAAGCUGAACAAGGUGUUUUUUCCCAAAAAGUUUUGGGAUUCAUUGGGGAAAAUGAGCUCGUAGAUGGUAUUUCAGUGCGCGAUCCUGAUUAUCUGAAGAAAUUUUUCAACGAAAGAAGAAAACAAUUCUCUACUAAAUGGAAUAAAGUAACAACCAAAGUGGAUGAUGUCGUGGGCACCUAUUAUGCCCGUGAAAAAAGCUUUACAUCGGCCAUUUCAAGCCUACACACUGAUCCAAAGGAGCGCCUAAUACCAGGGGUUUCGUCUAUUUUAGUUGCCUUCAUGACAGGUUCUGUUUUGACAAGAAGAAGAACAUGGAUUCUUCGUGCAACAAUGCCAUUUAUACUGGGUUCGUGUUGCUUUGCUUAUGUAAUGCCAAGCACUUUCAAAAACACCAUGGGUCUUGCUCAUGAUAUAGAAAUGAAUACAUUUCCUCGCUUUGUCCAGAGACAAGAUCACCUAUGGCAAGAAAUCAAAAGAUUGAGCAACGCAUCUAUGCAAUAUUACUGUGACGCCAAGAGGUGGUUUAACAAAGAUGUAGAAAAAACAGGAGACGCAAUCAAAGAUUGGACUGGUAUAAACGUAAAAUAA